AUGCAGGCUUCAACAACAGAGAAUUUAGAGCAAAAAUUAAUUGAAGAAAACGAGAAGCUCCUAAAGCAAUUAUACGACAUACAAGAGUCAAUUGACCAACAAAAUUCAAUGGCUGAAGCGAUUGAGAAUGACACAAAAAAAUUAAAACUAAUGCUGCCUUUUGCUCAACUUUUUACAAAUUGCUCUGUAAAAGAGCCUUCAGAACCUGUUAAAUAUGCGAGAAAUAUUCUUAAUGAACUGAAAAGAAUCCGUGAAGCUAUUGCAGAGGAAUCUGAGGAUAUACAGAAGCUUGAAAAUGAAAAAGCAAGCUUAAAAGAAUAUGAAGCCCAGCUCAAUAAAGACUUGGAGCCUUUUCAAGAGAAGCCAGUAGGAAAUAUCUCUCCAAGGAAAACUAUUAUGCAAGAAAUCAAAGAAAGCAAGAAGAAAACUGUGAAGGGCUACAAUUACAAGACAAUUCAUGGUAAUAAAACAUAA